CAAAUGGGUAAUUGCUGGAAAUUUUCCCCCACCCGUAAAGAGGGCACAGAACUUCAAUAUAUACCCAUAUUCGCUUAAUCGCCAUUCACGUCCAAAUUUCUUCUUCAGCAAUUCCCAGAUUUAAAUAUUCUGAUAACGAAAAUGGUUCUCGAACUUGCGGUCAAGGCUGCCACUGGUGCACCUGAUGUGCUUGGGGACUGCCCUUUCUGCCAGAGGGUUAUCUUAACUUUGGAGGCGAAGAAAGUUCCUUAUAAAUUGCUUCUCGUCAAUCUGUCCGACAAACCCAGUUGGUUAUUGGAAGUGAGCCCAGAAGGGAAGGUUCCGCUGGCGAAGUUUGAUGACAAAUGGGUUCCUGAUUCUGAUGUCAUCGUGGGGAUUCUUGAGGAGAAGUAUCCAGAGCCUUCUCUUGUUACUCCUCCUGAAUUUUCUUCUGUGGGAUCAAAGCUAUUUGGUGCUUUUGUAAAAUUCUUGAAAAGCAAGGACCCAAAUGAUGGUUCAGAGCAGGCUUUCCUUGAAGAGUUGAAGGCGCUCGAUGAUCAUCUUAAGGCUCGUGGUCCUUAUGUCGCUGGAGAGAAGGUAACUGCUGUUGAUUUGAGUCUGGCACCAAAGUUGUACCAUAUUGAUGUUACUCUUGACCAUUUUAAGAAGUGGUCUAUCCCCAAAGACUUAGCCAGUUUAAUCUCCUACAAAGAGUUGCUUUUUGCUCAAGAAUCUUUCGUGAAGACGAAAGCUGCCCCCAAAUAUGUAAUUGCUGGAUGGGAGCGCAAAUUGAAUUCUGCAUGAAUCCAGAGAUGUUUUCAUCCCAAGUUAUGAAUUAAUUGGGGGAUUUAAUCCUGAGAAUGUAGUUGUGGUUGCUUGCUAUCUUCCUAUGUCUCAAUAAAUAGUGUAUUUUUCGUGUGUGCCCCAAUGGAACAGUGUAAUAUCACUAUGCUUCAUCUUUAAGAAUGCCUAUGUUUUAUUCGUGUUAGUUUUCAAGUUUUGAUGAAAUUUAAAUGUUAUAACACAGUCUUUAAUGGUCAAACAUUUAUCAUUUAUGGACAUUAAGAAUAUUGGGAUGAA